CAUGGUCUAGCACCUGACUCCUCCGUGCACACACACACACACACAAAACAAACACUCGCUUCUUAUCUUUCCAGUAUGUUCCAUAUAACAAGAUAGUGUUCUUAGGGGGCUUCAUAUACCCCAUAUAGAGAAGUUAUGACAACUUCCUGUGUUCUUCUCACUUACUGUUCCCAGGGUUGCCAAGAGACACUGUUUGAUGAGCCUCGGUGUUGCAGAUUAUGCUCUGAAUUGAUUAAAUUUCCGCUGUUUUGAGUCGUUGCACCCAUCACGUAUAAUCACACAUUCAGAAUGUCUAGGACAGAGGUGAAGGAAGCUCGCGAUUACCUUGUGUGAAACUGGGGAGGCACAAAAUGCUGAGGAUCCGUAUUUUUCUACGUUGUGAAGUGUUUCUAGCACCUGUUGACCAUCUGUGAGGUACGGACUAAUGGCCAAGUUAGACUACCAGCUUCUCUUAUCAGUCUACAUCCUCACCUUCCUGAUCGGCCUUCCUGCCAACAUCCUAGCGUUCUUUACCUUCUGUCGAAAGGUUUACCGCAAACCAACCCCCAUCGACAUUCUCCUGCUAAACCUGACAAUAUCUGACCUCAUCUUCCUCGCGGUCCUGCCGUUCAAGAUGAAGGAGGCCACUGACAACUUGAACUGGAGCCUGCCAUAUUACCUGUGCCCCAUUAGCAGUUUCCUCUUCUUCUCCACCAUCUACACCAGCACGUUAUUUCUGACCGCGAUUAGCAUAGAGCGCUAUCUAGGUGUUGCGUUUCCGAUCCGAUACGCUCUAGGACGCCGACCACGCAAUGCUGUGAUUGCAAGCUGCUUCCUCUGGCUUCUGGGCUCUCUUAACCUCAGCAUUGUGUACAUUGUGCCAUACAUAGCCUCAAGUGAUAAUUCGAGCUACAGCAAGCUCCAACCCAAUCCUCACGUGACAAUUUGCUACGAUAACUUCACCAUAGAGCAGCUGAACAUUCUGCUUCCUGCUCGUCUGGAGCUUUUUCUCGUGCUUUUCUGUAUACCCCUCCUCAUCUGCUGCUUCUGCUACAUAAACUUCAUACGAAUCCUCUCCAAUCUGCCUCAUCUCGGACGACGGCGUAGACUCAGGGCCAUUGGGUUGGCGGUGGGGACGCUGUUGGUUUUCACCAUCUGUUUUAGCCCGUAUAACAUCUCACACGUGGUUGGUUUCAUUCACGGUAAUAGUGAAUGGUGGCGUAAUUUUGCUUUGAUCUCCAGCACUCUGAACGCCUGUUUGGACCCCAUCAUCUUUUACUUUUCCUCGGCUGCUGUUCGCAGUGCCAUACGCGCAUGUGUUAAUGGUCUAAAGGAGAAAAUUCACAUUGUAGAAUACAGAAGCUGCUGUUCUGCUGGCCCUUCCAAAACUGAAGCCUACAAGGAGACGAACCCACCUAUUGACCUGGGCUGAGAAUCGAGCUACAGAGAGUAUUUUAGUUCAUUUAGACCUACAGAAAGAAGUAUUGUUUGCAUGUAGCCUA